AUGACAUUUGCAGGUACUGGAAAUGUUACGUCUAUAAAUGAUGAAGUGACUGCAAAGGGAUUGAAAAAUGCCUUGCAUGCCUACCGUUUAAACAAGAGUGAGACAUCAUCUCAACAUCUCAUCACAGCUCUUGAUGCUAUUUGUGCUUCUCUCUGCUUUGGGGAUGAAAUAUUUAUUCGUCGUCUCAGUGUUGAUCGCUAUGCAACUGUAUUAGUCUCAACCCUCACCACCGUUUCCGCCGUGGAGGAUGUGCGACUGCGAACCCUCACUGUGCAGACACUCGCACUCUUGGCAGAUCUCGUACCGCGUGGGGGUUCGGCCAUUGCAUCUGCAAAAGGAAUACCGCCACUACUGCGACUUCUGCAGGAGACUAAACCCGAUGGGAAUGAAGCGCUUUUAGAAGAAUUACUGAAGUGUAUUGGUCAUGUGACUUUAGAGGCUAAUGUUCAAAUGGUGCGUGAAAAUGCAAUUGCGAUACUGACGACUAUUGAAGCUGAUUUGAAUUCUCAUCAUUUACGUAUGAUUUGUUUGAAGUGUUUAUGUCAUUUACUGAGUUCUGUGCGAAGGGAGGAAUGGCAUACAUAUUUAGCGAAACCAUGUGGAAUGCUCUUUUCACGGUUUCAUAAUAAAGUUUAUGAGAUUUUAAAAGAUGAAAGAGGAGAUUCUCUGGAGCAGCGAUUACCAAGAGAGAGUGAAUUGUAUCUUCUACGUUUAAUAGAAUGUAUCACACUUGUCUUUGAUCGAUUACUUCAUACAAAAUAUAUGAUUGAGAAAAAUAUGGAUCUAGUAGAAGAAGCUGUUUCUGCACUUGUUACCGUUUUAAAACGUACAGCCUAUUUAGGUUCACAAGCAGUGGGAUUUCGGGAUGCUGUUUGUUCAUCUUUAUUGACUAUAUUUCUUACGGAUACUUCUAUAGGCGUUAAACUCUUUCUUAAAUAUCAUGUGGUACAAACGAUUUGUGGUAUCAUAACAACACUUUUGGAAUACCGAAUGAAACGACUUCCACAGAAUGGAGUAGAUCUUGCAGAAGCUCUUUUGGGGAAUGAUGUUAGUGCUAUUCCUUGUAUUGCGGAGGAACAACAAGUUAUUCCUUUUCUUGAAUUUCUACUCGUAUUUAUUCCUUCUGCAUUGGUAGCGCAUGAUAGUGAUUAUUAUAUUACAAUUCCUCAUUAUGUUUGGGAGUGGGAAGAUGAUUUUCACAAUAGGAGUGAUUGUAAUGAAAAUCUUAGUAAACAAUUAGAACGUGAAUAUAUUAAACAACGAAGAUUUUCUUCUUUUGUACCAUAUGAAUUACAACUUUCCACUCGUACACUUAAGGUUGAUUUUGAUUAUAUGCAGUAUAUGAGUAAUGAACAUCUUGCUUAUCCUCAUACACUUUAUCGUCAUCCUAUUCUUGUUGGUUAUAUGCAUCGACGAGUUAUGCGAUGUACAUGUGAUGAUAACAGUUGGCCAUAUAAUUCCUCUGUAUAUGGUGUGGAUAAACAGGAAUCUUCCUUCUUGAGAAGUCGUCCCAAGUGGAGAGAGAAUAGGCACACAGAUGAUAAUUCAAUUUCAGGAACAACAACAACAGCAGCAGCAGCACCAGUAGCCGCAGCGGUAGUGGGAGGUUUAACAGGAAAUGAAAUGGUGAUGGGAGGAGGAGGAGGAGGAGAAGAAGAGGAAUAUUUUUCUAGAAAUAGACGAAUAUCUAGUAAUGCUAUUCCUCUAGAGACUGUAAACUCUUUACCAUAUUCAUCUACACUUGAUAGAGAACGUUUAGUGAAUGUACCUUUCUGUUGUUGUUCUAAAAUGUAUAUGCGAUUCUGUGAAAAAAGAAAAAAUAAAUCAAAGAAGAUGAAUAAGAGGAACAAGAAGGGAUUACAAUCUGAACAAGGAGGAAAAAAUUAUGAAUUUUUUUGUCGUGAAGCUCUUCGAGAUGUUCGUGAAGAAAUUUUACGUGGAUCGUCUACACGUUCUCAGUUUUUACAAGGAACAAUGAUUCAAGUAUUGAUAACAUGGUGUCUACCAGCUCUAGUGACUGUAAUAAAAAGAAGUGUAAGUCCUAUCAUUGCGAGACAUUCUUCUGUUUUAAUUCUACGAAGUGUAGAUCUUGUAGCUGAAUAUCUUCGAGUUGGUCAUCGGAAUUUUCAUAAUGAAUCUCAAGGAGAAAUUUAUGAUAAACUUACGGCGUUAACACCUCAACUUGGAACUGUCAUUUCAUACCUCGUUACUACAAAUAGUUUACCUACAUCAUUAACAGCUGGUGUUUGUCCUUUUAGAGAAUUUCAAUGUGAUACUCUUUUUGUACGUGGAUUGGUAUAUUUAGGAUUAAAAAUGAAUUCUCGAGUACCAGCUAUGAGUUUAACUUGUGAAACUCAAAUGAAUGCAUUAAGUACUUUUUUACUUCUUUAUUUCCUAUUUCAGGGUAAAGUAAAAAUAUUUACAGAUACUCAACAACUUCUUGUAUUUCAGAAACUUGAAUCUGUUAUUGGAUCUGUUAGUCCACAUCAAUCAACACUUCGAACAGCAUUAUAUGGAAGUACAGGAAUGAUUCCCUGUCCUUUCCAUGGUACAUCAGAGAUAAUAGAAGUAGUACAUCAGAGAAUGUCAGAACAAGUUUACAUACUUUUACGAGAAGAAACUGAAAAACGAUUUAUAAAUCCUUUAAAUCCUUCUGGAGAAGUUUCAUCAACUAUAUUAGGUAUUAUGAAUUCAAAAAAUGGUUAUUCAACAAAUCCUCUUGAGACAAGAUCAACACAUAGUACAUCUAGUUGUCUUAGUCAAUCUAUCAUCGCUGAUAUUAAUAAUCGAGCUGAGGCAUAUAUGGAAUAUUCAUUUGGAGUACAAUAUAUACUUGCUAUUUAUGAUUAUAUGAAAGAUAAUGGAAAUGAUCUUUCUUCUCUUGUAUAUGGAAAUUCAGAGUUUGUAGCGAAUUUAGCUGAAACUCUUCAUAAAAAUUCUGAAUAUAAUAAUAUAUUACUUGAUGAAAAAACUAAAGAAUCCUUUAUAGGAGUAAGGGAAUCUCUUGAACGUGUAAUUAAUGAACAUACUGGUCUUGUUAAUGUUGAAUUGGCUUCCGCAAUUGAAAGAGAACCUACACGAUUUGCUCGUCGAUUUCGUCGAAGUAAAGUUAUGAUGACUAUGUCAGAUCGUAUGUGGACACCUCUCAAUAUUAAAUUAGAACCGAUAAGUAUGGAAGUUCAUAGAGGCCAACCUUUAUUACCUUCUUCACGGAAUUUAUUUAUUUCUGGAAAGAACCGCACCAUUUUAAGUUGUGGAAUAGAACAAAACGUUUUUAGUGUCCUUCCAACUACACCUUUAAAUUAUAUUGCUAAGUAUAUUCUUUUUCAAUUACAACAACAAUAUGCUGCUGGUCCUGAUAAAAAAAGGUCACAAAGUUUAAUAGGACGAAGACUUUAUAAUUCAGAAAAUAAUGAUUUGGACGUUUUUUAUAACAUGGGAAGAUUACUUAUUUCUGAAGUUGAGGUUAGAGAAACUGAGGAUGAAAUUAGUCCUUCAUUUCCUUCUAUUCCUCGAAUGACAGCAGUAGUUAUGGAAACUGCAGAACAAAUAAGUUCCCCUUUACGACUUACACCUUUCCCUUUACAGGUAGAAGAUUCAGAGUGUGAACGUAUUCUUAGUGUGGUAUCAACAACAGUUCCUGUAGCUGGACAGAUAUCAAAUGGUUUUCCUCAAGGAUCAAACAGAACAGUUGGUGAUAAGGUAUUAUUACAUCAAGAUAAUCAUAAUUCUUCAUCUUGUACUAUAACAGUGGAUAAUAUUAUUUUCUUUUGUAAUGGUGAACCUGUUACGGAUCUUUCAACUUCUGUAUUGGAAUUGUGUUGUAAUUCUUCGCAGACAUUGGCAACUCUACUUGCAGACAUGGAAAAAGGUGAGGUAGGUUAUGGUGAAGAAUCAUCCCAGACAUUACAACGUAUACUAACAUUAUGUUCUGCUAUGCAUAGUAUUCGAUAUGUAAUUGUAAAAGAGCCUCUUGUAUGGGGUACAAAUGGGGAAGAAGAAGAAGUAAUAGAAGAAGAAGAAGAAAAAAGAUGGGAACGUUCGUAUUGUUAUCCGAAAGAUGUCUUUGGUCGUCUGUGUAAAUUUACAGGAGUUCAAUAUUCCCUUGGAGCUGCAGCGAAACUUCUGGAUGAACUUUGGAAUGUUUUAAAUAUGGCAGAAAUAAAAAUUUCUCAUGAAGAAGGACGUCUUUGUAGUGCGCUUAUUCAUGGUUUUUAUAACCAUCUCACUGCCUUUAUGUUACCACCACUUGAUUUUCCGAUUCUUUUAACAUGUUUAAACGGUCAAAAAGAUCAACAUUUGGCUGGUUACAUUCUUUGGACCUAUCCUCAAGUUUUUAGCUUUAAUAUUAGACGAAUUUUACUGCAUUUAUUAUUAUCUGUACGUCGUGUCCCAACUCCUGCACUUAUUCGAUUAAAAGAAGCUGCACAAAGAAGAGGAUGUGUAAUCCCAUUACAUGGAUUAGAAUGGGUUACACCUGAUUUAAACAUAAAUGGUACAAAAAAAGUAAUUGUACAACGGAAUAAUAUUCUGGAAAGUGGUGCAAAGGUGUUACGUAGCUAUGUCAUGUGUCCAUUACCAUUAAAUGUGGAAUUUGAAAAUGAAAAUGGUGUUGGUGUUGGUCCUGCUCUGGAGUUUUAUAAUUUAUUAUCUGCCAAACUACAAGAGGAGAGUCUUCAAAUGUGGCGGACGGAAGAAUAUACGGAUGCAUCUGGUGCUACAGCUCGUCGUGUACAAAUUCCUCUUUUCCCUGCUGCUUCACAGACGAUGAUGUCUUUAUCUUACUUUGAACUUCUUGGAUUACUCGUUGGUCGUGUUUUAAUGGAAGAGCGAGUGGUAGAUCUCCCCUUGCAUCCCUGUUUUGUUCGUGGUAUUCUCGGCCAACUGGAUGAAAAUCAGCUGGCGGAGAUUGACCCGCAGCUGCACUGGCAGCUUCUCCAGCUGGAGACCCUCCCGGCAGCGGAGUUGGCGGCCUGCGGUCUCUUCUUUGUGCUGCCGGACGGCGACGUGGAGUUGUGCCGCGGCGGGGCCCAAACGCCUGUCGUGGCGGCCAACGUGUCGGCGUACGUCCGCGCGGUGCGGCGGCAUUUUUGUGUGCGUCGGCUGAUGGGGCCGCUGCGGCAUUUCCUGCAGGGCCUUCGCUACACCGUCGUGCCGCCCCACCUGCGGCUCUUCACCGCGGCGGAGCUGCAGUUGAUGAUCGCCGGGCCGGACGGGCCGGUGUGGCCGCGGCCGGAGGACCUCGCGAGGGACCUCAUCCCCGCCCACGGCUACGACGCCCGCUCCCCCGUUCUCCACGCCCUGCGGGAUGUCGUGGGGUCGUGGGAUGCGAAGAUGCAGCGCGCCUUUCUGCGCUUCGUCACCGGAUCCACGCGAAUACCGCAGGGAGGACUGCAGCCACCCAUCACGGUGGUGCGCCGGUCGGAGGGAACGUGGGAUGAACGAUAUUGGGAGAGUGUGCCACUAAUGCGAGUGGAGGAGCGGGGAAUGGCGCAGUUGCACCAACAACAACACCAACAACUACUGAUGGAUGAAUCGCUGCCAACUGUAAACACAUGCGCCCACUAUCUCAAGUUGCCAAGUUACAGCUCAAAGGCUAUAUUGGAGGAAAAACUACGUCAGGCUGUGAUGGAAGGGCAGGAGUGCUUUUUGCUGACCUAA